AAGAGGACAAGAUGGCAGCCUCCGUGUCUCGUCGACGUGUCCUUUCCAUCUCGAUUUUAGUUGCAUUUUCUUUGUACUCUUUGGUGUUAUGCGGUGAUUCUGGUCAUGGGCAUGCUCAUGAACACGGUCACGCCCAUUCGCACGACGGAGAACACGGCCACAGCCACGAUCACGACGAAAAACCCGGCUUUAAAUAUUCCUCUGAUGCAAAUGUACAGGGUGAUACAAAGUCACAGGUCCACACAGAUCACCAUGAACACCCAAAACCUGGUACCAAACCCAAGGCACCACCAUACAAGAAGUCCAGUUUGGGUAUGAUGUGGUUGGAGGCACUCGGAUCAACCGCGGUGGUGAGCUGUGCGCCGGUCCUUAUUCUUAUCUUCAUUCCCCUGGAAAACGCUCACGAAGGUGGACCCCUGCUGAAAGUUUUAUUAAGUUUUGCCUCCGGUGGACUUCUUGGCGAUGCCUUCCUUCAUCUCAUUCCACACGCGAUUAGCCCUCACAGCCAUGGCGGAGACGAUGGCGGUCACGAGCAUUCGCAUGAUCACCAACAUUCACAUGCUGAUGAAGGGCAUGGACAUGAUCAUUCACAUCAUAUGCGUGUAGGACUCUGGGUCUUAGCUGGAAUAAUUGCUUUCCUUUGUGUUGAGAAAUUCGUACGCUAUGUCAAAGGUAGCCACGGACAUGGUCAUUCACACGCCAUCAAACCAAAAGAAACAAAGAAAAAUAACAAAACGGACGAAGCUGUCCGUAAGAGGAAGAAGUCUGAUGAAGAUAGCUCUGAUGCCGGGAACAAAAAGAAAGGGGAUAAAGUUGCUGCAGUUAAAGAAGAUGUUGAGGAAGAUAUCGCAGUUUCAGGGUACUUGAAUCUUGCUGCAGAUUUUGCCCACAAUUUCACAGAUGGUCUGGCGAUUGGUGCUUCUUACUUGGCCGGGAGGAACAUAGGUAUCAUCACAACGAUAACAAUCUUGCUUCAUGAAGUUCCACACGAAGUCGGAGACUUUGCUAUUCUUGUUCAGUCUGGGUGCUCAAAGAGAAAGGCAAUGUAUCUACAGUUUUCAACAGCUAUUGGAGCAAUGUUAGGAACGGUGUGCAGUUUGCUGGCGGAGGGCAUCGGCGAUGCGGCAGUUGCAUGGAUCUUACCAUUCACGGCUGGUGGUUUCAUCUAUAUUGCGACCGUCUCAGUAAUUCCUGAACUUCUGGAGGAUUCCAAGCCAUGGCAGAGCUUCAAGGAGAUUGCGGCGCUUUUAGUAGGAGUUUUCAUGAUGGUGGUUAUAGGAGAAUUAGAGUAAUUUUGUGCAAUCCUUAUAGUUCCCUUGUUCUAAUCCAUGCAACAGAGCAUCUAAGGUUGGCUUUUGUUGUCCAAUCAUGUUUCAUUUUGUAUCUCCAUAUGUGCUACAUGCAGGUUGUGUCAGGUCAAGUGUUAUGAUUAUAGCCCCAAUACAAGCAGCUCCUGCAGCAUAGCAAACCACAUUAAUGAGUACAGAGGCUAUAAUUGUACUGGGGCUGUACAUGUAAUUGUAUAACACUUUUCCAUACACUCCUCAAUAUAACAAUUUGUAUGGUUUUGGAUGUACAUACUCUUUUAAAGACAGUGUGCUGAAGAAAAAUAACACCAAGGCUUGUCACCAAAUAAAUGAGAGCACUGCCCUGAUGUACAUGUAGGAUCACAGUUUGAGUAAAUUGUCAAGAGUAUUAGAGUCCCCUCCGAUAGUACAUGUAAUUGUGAAUGUAUUUGUUGGUUUGACAGUUGAUAAGUAAAAUGGUGGAAAGCUUGACCCAGGAUGAUCCAGUCGCUGACAUGGUUGUCGAUUCAACAUAAUCGAGAACUGUAAAUGGAAGGAUUACAUGUACUUUUCCCCAGGACUGGUUUUCCCCAUUUUACUUACUUUUAGUUCCCUAUGUACUAAAGUUUAGUGGUGAUGUGGCUUCUAAAUAAACAAUUUUUUUGCUCUAGCUCUUAUUUUUGGUUUGUUUGUUAAAAUGGAUUUGGCAUUUAUGUCUUCUAUUCGAGUCAUAAUAUAAUUUUGCAUGAAUUGUAAUGAAUCUGUUGUUAGGCUUUGGCUGGUAUGGACAAAUUUGAUCAUUGUGAUAUAUUGCUUGCCAACAAAACAAAAUAUGUGAUUUGCAGUCAACAGCCAUGUCAUAAAGACAAUACCACUUGUAUACAUGCUUUGGCUUUAUUAUGUUUAAAGUUGAUCAAGAUGAAAAUGGUUUUGGCCCUUCAGCUAUUUGCACAUUUCUGCAGGUAGAGAAAGGGAUUUACAAAAUCAUUGUCUAUGUAUCCUUUAAAACAUUGUGAAAAAGAUGUCUUGUUUAGCUGGCUCCUUUUACUCAUGUGUAAUGUUAUUUUAUCUGUCCUAGCCAGAGCAGGGUUUAAAAGGUCUGUUGUGUAUGCUUUGUAUACAUUUGUUGUACAUUGUGUAUGUUUAACUGAACAAGAGACUUCAGUAAGUGAAGAAAUAGAAUACUAUUU